AACUGUAGGACUGCAGGUUCAUCUCCCCAGCCAUGAAAUGUUCCUUGUUGUGCCAUGGACAAUGCCGCCAUCGCUGGAGGAUCCGAGGGCAGAAGCUCGAGUCCUGCUGGAGGGCAUUAUUAAAAGCAAGCUGCAGAACUUACUGAGUAAGUUCUGGCCAAAAGCGGAGGUGCAGCUGAUCUCGUUUGAAGACAGCGAGAGGAAAACAAAAACCAAGAUCACUUUUGAAAGCUUUGAUGUUUCCAGCCAGGAUGGGGUAGUGAUCCUCCGCCCUGAGGAGCAGCUGCAGCAUAUUAUCUCUCUCGGCCACGCCCACAUCACCGUCACAGACGACAGCAUCUACUGGGACGACCCAGAUGAGUGUGACUCCCCCGCCCUGAACAACUGCAGCUCCAACUCCGUCUGCAUCAACACCCUGGACUCAUUCACCUGCGUGUGUGAGCCGGGGUACUACAGCCUGAGCCCCAUCCUCAGCCCUGCCUGCCACGAGAAGGGGAUGUUCACGCUAUGCCUGAAGGACCAUGUAUCUGGGGGCAUCUCCAAGCCUUUCCUCAUCCACCACUUUGGCGGGAAUGUGACUGUUGUCCUCAAUGAUGGUCGCUGCUCCAUCAACGAGACGGACAAGUUUUAUUAUUACAGGAUAACUGGCGCCCCCUCCCAGUGUGGAGGCCAAACGCUUAUUAACAGGACGCAUGUGGAGUUGAGGAACGCGCUGACUGUGAUGCUCAGCAGCAGGAGAUCCAUCACACGGAGGGACCUGAAGGUGCUGUGGACCUGUGCCUACCCGCUGCUCCAGACCAGCACAGCCCGCAUGAAGCCUGGUCUGGACUGGGUUACCUCUCACAGUGUGGUGCAGGUGAAUUCGUCCCGCCUCCUGGAGAUCAGCAUGGCCUUGUACAGUGACUCAUCUUACGCAUACAACUACACUGGCCCUGUGGAGCUCCCUUCUGCAGAGCAGCUGUACAUCCAGGUGACCCUGCACUAUGAGAACAGCCUGGCCUACAACAUGAGCCUACAGCUGGAGUCCUGCUGGGCCACACAGACCGCAGACCCACAAGAGGAGAAGAAGGCUUUUUUCCUGAAGGGGGGGGUGGUGAGUUCUCUGCUCCUGAGGGGUGGGGGGGUUAGUCCUCUGUUCCUGAGGGGGGGUGAGGGGCUAGCUGAAGUGGAGAAGGCGAUCCGAGAGCUGGAAGACAGACUGGGGGUACCGAGGCGGCGGAAGACCGAGGCAGCAGAGACGGCGACGGGCGCCGAUCUGCAGAGCUCGGUGGCGCAACGACAGAGGGCCCCCAGACAACCAGACGGAGCCAGUGCUGUUCGACCAACGCACCAGAGGGAAGCUAACGUUAGCACGCCAGCCAGCGCCAGCAUGACAACCACCACGGCAGCUAGCGCACAGCCGAAGCUAGCCCGGUUCAGUGGAGCAGCACAGUGGGAGACGUACCUAGCCCAGCUGCAGCUGGCUGCCCGUCACUGCGGCUGGAGCGAGAGCCAGACGGCGACGCAUCUAGCACUCGCUCUGGAGGGUCCAGCGCUGCAGGUCCUGCUAGACCUCGAUGCUGCCGAACAGGGCGAUCUGAAGGCACUGACGACGGCCUUGGCAAGGCGUUUCGGCCAGAGGCGGUCAAUGCAGAGCAGUCGGGAGAAGCUCAACAGCCGCCGCCGCGAAGGAAAAGAGAGCUGGGGGACCGUGGCUGCAGACGUGCGGCUCCACGCUCGGCAGGGCUACCCGUCCCUCGACUCGGCAGGGCAGGACGAGCUCGCGUUGCACGCCUUCCUCCAGACUCUCUCCCCGGAACGGUUGCGCCAGCACGUCAUCCUGACCACGCCCUGCUCCCUAGACGACGCUCUGAAGGAAGUAGAGAGGGCGGAAGACGUUCUCUGCUUGGUUCCAAGGCAGACAACCCGGCCCCACGUCCGCGAAAUCGACUGCUACGAGGAGGAGGAGGAAGUCCGUUGGGCACGCUCACCCCCACAACAGCGGCGACAGCGCCCACCACCAGCACGACGCGGUCGCUGCUAUCGCUGCGACGAGCCAGGGCACCUGGCCCGCGACUGCCCAGCACCAGCGCCCAAGCCCCGAUCGCCACGGCCGGCGGGAAACGACGCGGGGGCGGCGCUGUGA